AUGGAUGCUAUGAUUAUAAAGCUCCAAAUUCUCCAUAUCCUCUUCCUCUUCAUCUUCACCACCGUAUCAUCAUCAUCAUCUCCCCCAUCAAACUUCACCCUCUACGGCACCGCCCGCAUCAACCAAACCGCCAUCACCCUCACUCAACCCCUCACCAACUGCUCCUCACACCCACCAUUCCCAAACACCGGCCGAAUCUUCUACAAACACCCGAUUCGCUUUCUUGAUUCCACCUUCAACUCUACCCUCUCUUUCUCAACCAAAUUCUCCUUCACCAUCAUCCCCCCUCCCCUAAACUGCCUCAACGGCGAAGGCAUCGCGUUCUUGAUCGCAUCCCACACCAAUUCAUUACCAUAUUCUCUCGGGUCAAUCGGCUUACCACAAUCCGUUCAGACGAAUUCACUCGACGCAACGUUCUUGGCGGUUGAAUUCGAUACGAAUUAUGAUCAAAGGUUUAACGACAUCAACGGUAACCACGUGGGAAUCGAUUCGGAUUCCAUCUUUUCCAUCGCGUCAAUCGAUUUGAUGUCGAUUGGGAUCGAUUUAAAUGGCGGGAAAAAAGUCAACUCAUGGAUUGAAUACAACGGUUCAAAAAGGGUUAUUGAGAUAUGGGUCGGGUACCCGGAUACCAAACCGGAUAGUCCGAUUUUAACCGCGCCAAUCGAUCUUUCGAAGAGGUUUAACGGGUUUAUGUAUGUCGGAUUCUCGGCUUCUAACGGGGAUGGAUCGUCGGUUCAUUUGAUCGACAAUUGGGGAUUUAGAACAUUCGAAUCCGGGUCUUCGGGUGGUUCAGUGUAUCCGGAUAUGGAUGUUGAAGUCGGGUUGGAAAACUGUUUGAUUUGUUUUCCGGAGCCACAUAAAAAUACCCGACCCGAAACCGAUCCGGGUUUGACCAAAAAUCAUAACAAAGGACUCAAAUUAGCUAUCGGAUUAUUAGUUGUGAAUCUGAUUCUGGUUGUUUCAACUCUAAGCGGCGUCGUUUUGUACAUCUGGUUGACCAAAAAAGAAAGUCAAAAUCAAAAUCAACCUGCACAAACCCUAACUCGUACAAACCCUAAUUCGAACAUGACGAUCACGAACAGAAUGCCGAAAAGAUUGAAACUAUCUGAAAUCCGAUCGUUAACAAGAGGAUUCAACCGGAAUUUGAUCAUCGGCGACGGAGUAUCGGCCGUCGUGUACAAAACCGAUCGGAAUCAAGCGGUAAAACGGUUCAAAACGGCGUCGUUCGGAAGCCAAAUCGCUACAGAGUUCGUAACAAUGGCGAGUUCGUUACAACACAAGAACAUAAUGAAGCUUCAAGCAUGGUGCUGCGAACGUAACGAGCUAAUUCUCGUGUACGAUUACAUGCCAAACGGAUCACUCGAUAAAUUUCUUCAAAACAGUUCAAAUUUCAGUUUCAAUUUCAGCUUUGAAGCUCGAUUAAACGUGUUAAUCGGAGUUUCAUCGGCGUUAUGUUACUUACACGAAGAAUGUGACCGGAUAAUUGUUCACCGGAAUGUGAAAACAAGUAAUAUUUUGUUAGAUCUAGAUUUGGCGCCAAAAUUAGGGGAUUUUGGAAUAGCACGUGACUCACGUGACGUGACGGUUACGGCACUUGCGAUGGGGUAUAUGGCGCCGGAGUAUGUAUACUCUAGGGUUCCGACGGUGAAAACGGAUGUGUAUAGUUUCGGUGUGGUGGUGUUGGAGGUGGCGACGGGGCGGGCGGCGGUGGAUGAGACCGGUGUGGGGGUGGUGGAUUGGGUGUGGGAUAUGUGGGAGGAGAAACGGGUGGUGGCGGCGGCGGACGGUGGGUUGGGUGGGGAGUUUGAUUGUUGUGAGAUGGAGAGGGUGUUGAUGGUGGGGUUGAGUUGUGUGGUUCCGGAUUUUGAGAUGCGGCCGACGAUGAAGGAGGUGGUGAGGAUGUUGAGAGGUGAGGUGGUGCCGGUUCUGCCGGAGGUGAAGCCGGUUGUGGUGGUUACGGCGGAGAGGUCGCCGGAGGUUGUUGUGAAGUGUGGUGGUGAUGAUGGUUGGACGUCGUGGGGAACACCAACGUCUCAUUUUAGUAAGACGUAG